CUUCAACUUACUUGACUACUAGUACUAGAGCCUUGAGUACCAGGUAUACAAGUAAUUAGUACUUUAGUAGUUACUUCUAAAAAAUUUAUCUUCUGUAAUAAAGUAUGUGAAUAUUUAUGUAGAAAUUUAACUGUAUUUUAAUUUAAUUUUUGUUUUACUUAGUUCAAAAAAACGAAUAUAAACUUGAUGACAACAUUAAAACAUCAAUGAAGAUUAAACUGCCUCAAUUACUUAGGUGUUGGAAUAAUAAUUUCAUGUUCUGAUUUUUAACUGUACUAAAGUAAGUUUAUACCUGUAUUAUUAAAAUUAGAUAUUUUUUUCUUUAUUCCUUCAAGUUAUACGUAUUUCAUUAAUUUAUUAUUAUUAUUUAAGAGACCUUAUGUCGAUUUUUCAAAUUUUCUCUAACUUAGUGAAAUUUGAAAAUUACUUUUACUAUUUGAAAACUUUAAAACUAAGUCUUCUUCACAUUUAUAGUGCUAAAUUCCCAUUUAGAAAGAAGAUAAAGUUCUAUUUUACGAAUGAAAAUGAUAGCAAGGAUAGGGUUUUAUUGUCAAAUUAAUAUUUAACUACCAUUACACUUUAUAGAAAUAUUAAGACAAUACAUAUUGUAUACUUACAAAAGGCAUUCUGUAAUGACUGGUAGAUUACAAUCAGUAGUAGAUCAAAAAAUAGGUAACUAUUAUAAAAAUGUAAUAUUACAGUGUUAUUGUCUUAUUAUGUUGCCAUGAAUUGUUGAAUGCUAUGGUAGUAGUACUUAUUAAUUUUGUACCUAUAUUAUAAAACUAAAUCUAUUCAUUGAAAGCAGUCAAAUUUUCUUUUAAUUAAAUAUGUUAACUAUGUAGGUAAUUUUUCAUAAGAAUCCAGUACAUAUACUAUUCAAUAUAAAAAAAAUAGAUUUGCAAAAUGACAAGGUAAAAAACAAGUGAAUUUUACUUAAAAAUUACAAAUAUUGAUGGCUAAUUGCAGGCAGCUAACCCCCGAUUAAAUAACAUUGGUUGUAUGGCUAUGUAUUCCAAAGACGCACACUGGUUUUUUAUUUUUAAUUAUGUACAGAAAUAUGGAAGUACACUUGUGAACGAUCUUUAAAAAAAAUCUAUGCAGAAUUACAGAAUAAACUCAAACAUGCCAAGAAUAUUUAAGUUGGUAAAGAGAUACCAAAUUUCUUUGUUAGCUGUAAUAUAGUAUACAGUAAUUAUGAUUUAUUAUAAUUAAUUUAAAACUAAUGUUUGUAAUUUUUAAGUUAAAUGCAUUUGACAUUUUUUACCUUUUUGUGUUUUACCCCUGUCGGUUUUCACCCUGCCAUUAAAAUUCAAAAUUAUUUUCCUAGAUUAUUCAUACUCAUCAGCGUGUUAAAUAUUGAUAUUUUUGACAAUUUAAAAAUACUUAAAUAUUUUACUAUUAGUAUUUAAAUUAUAAAUUAAAUAUUUACACAAUUUAUGCAUUAUACUUUCAUUUAGGUAUAAUCCUUUAUUACAUUUAUUUUAUUUUAUUUUUUUUUCAGCUCAACAAUCUUGCAUCAAAAUAAAAAAAAAAAACGUAACAAUAGAAUAUAAAUUUAACCAUAUUCAAAUCUUAUAAGGACUCGGUAACCAAUAUGUCGGAUAAAGAAAAUGAUAAUUUUAAUGAUUAUAGUUUUAAAUUAAUGAAUUCAUAUAAGCAAAAAUCAAAAAAAAAAAAAGAUCCUAAAAAAACUUUUAACUUUAAUGAUUUGAUAUUAGAUGAAAUUGAUUUGACAAAUGAACCAUACAUUAAUACAAAAAUGAAUGAAACAAUAAAAUAUAAAUUUAAUCAUGUUAAAAACUCAGAUCAAGAAAAUGAUAAUUUGUCUGAUUCUAGUUUAAAAUUUAUGAAUGUUCGUAAACGAAAAUCGAAAAGGAAAAAAACUUAUAACAAUAAUAUGAUAUUAGAUGAAAUUGAUUUAACAAAAGAGUCUAACAAUGAACUAAAUGGCUUAAAAUUGAAAAAUAAAAAAACUAACAAAGAUGGUUUAACAGAUUGUAACGUCAAGUCUUAUUUUAAUGAAAGUGUAAAAUCAACUACACAUUUACUUCCUAAUAUUAGUUAUAAAAGUAAAGACCAAAAUGAUAAUACAAAGUUUAAAAUUGUUAAAAAUCUAAAUUCAGAAGAUUAUUUGCAUAAUACUAACAAAGGUUUUUCUAAUCUGGAGUACAACGAUUUAAAUCCAGAAAAUUUAAAAGACAAAUCAUUUUUUCAAAAUAGCUUUAUUACGCCAAAAAAAAAUGAUAUCCAAACCAAUGAUCUGGUAGAAUCUGCUAAACUAUUAGAUCGUUUCUAUGGUAAUGAAUGGCGGGAUAUUGAUGGAGUUAUAAGUACAAAAAAAACAACAAAACACCAUCAACCUAUUGACAAUGUUGAUAUGUAAGUAUAGCACUAUUAAAUUAAUGUUUUAUUAAGUUAUUAUGUACAUAAGACAUAAAUCAGUAUUUUAAAUUUUGAUUAAAGCUUAUGGUUUUACACAUAUGUUUAUUUUAAUUUCUUUUCCUGUUAACAACUUUUCUACCAGAAGACUGACUUGUUUGGGUUUCUACGUGUAGCACUUUUUCUGAAAGGAAAUCGGUUGGGUAUGGGGUACUUAAAGGAGGUCAUUUUUUGAUUUUCUCAGGAGAUUUCUCAUCAAAUUUGAAAAACUCGAAUAAAACAAUGGCAAAUUAGGAAAAUAGAUACAACAUUAAACAAAUAUUAUCAAAGAAAAUAUGUAAUGCCUAUUUAAUUAUUUUAGUAUAAAAUGAUAUAUAUAUAUAUAUAUAUUGGUGAUAAAGCAUCACUAUCAACCGAACUCCACUCAGAAUUGUUUUUUUUUUGGGGGGGGGGGGAAGCAAUGGUUUAUUGUUGCUUACAGGCCUACAUUAAAUUAUAUACAUAUAACAAUAGCUUCCCUCGUCACCAUUACCCUAGAACUUCUUUUUAUUUAUUUUUUUACAUAAAAUAAAAUUGUCUGUAUAUUAUCAUAACUAAAACAAUUAAGUUCUUUGGUUUUUAAAAUAGAAUUUGCUUUUGAAUAAUUGUGUUUUCAAAUACAGUAUUUGAGUUUGAUAUCAGUUUAUUGAAUUAGUAAAAGCAUGUAAAUUGAUUUUAAAACCAAUUUUAUGUUACAAUUAAUACCUACUAUUGUAAGUUAUUUAUAAAAUGAUUAAUAAUCAAAGUUAAUUAUUAUUAUAGAUAUGGUAAUGAACAUAUUUUGAAUAACACUAAUAAUAGUGAAAUUGAAAAUUGUAAGUAUAUAUAUAUGUGUGUAUUAUUUAUUAUUUCAUAACAGCAUGAUUUAUAAAAAAAAAUUUAUUUUUUAGCUUUUUCUUGUGGUAUUUUCACAAAAACAAGAAAUUAUAUAAAAAAAAAGGGAGACAUUCAAAAUGAAGUCAAUGAUACUUCAAAAAUUUUAGAGUAAGUUACAAUCCUUACUUAUACUUUAAAUUUAAUUAAAAUUAGUUUUAAUUAUAUACAUAAAGACGAAAAUAGUUUUAAUUUAUCACUAGCAAGUAAUCAGCCUGUAAACCUAAGCUUUUUUUUAAAUUUAACUUUUAUAACUUGAAAGUUGUAGUUAUUAUAGUAAUUUUUAUGGUAACAAAUAAGGCAUAGUAUGCUAAACUAUCAACAAAAUGAAAUUAUAGGAUAUUAUAUAAAAGUUGAUUCUUCUAUAUAUGUUAGAAUGAAAAUGAAAGCAAUUAAUUUUAGUCCUGAAAACUUGAAGGUUUAAAAAUAUUACAGUUUCUAUAUGGUAAUUACUAACAAUCUUGUUCUCCUAUUUUGAGUUAUUGGAACUAGUAGUUUUAUUUAGCUAGUGUCAGUUUGGCAGUUGAGAAUACUAAAUAAUAUAAUAAAUUAUUAUUUGUUAUUUAGUUUCAACAAUUUUUUAAAUAAUAGUUACACAAAACUUAUCAAAACUAUUUUCGUUUGUUUAUGUAUAUUUUAAAUUUAACAAAUAUAUAUAUAUAUAUAUAUAUUAAAUGUUCAUUAGUAUUUUAUUAUUACAGGAAUUUCAGUUUGUCUGAAAAUAAUGAUAAUCAGUUAAAUUCUAUUGCAGUAUUAGAUCAUCAAAUAAACUUGAAGUAAGUAAAAUAUUAUGCAUGGUUAUCCAAAUUUUAUAUUACGGUUUCGAGAGUAGGAGUUUGGGUUAAAUCUGAUCCUACUUUCAUAAAAUUAUGACUGUAACAUAAUUUGAAAGAUCCUAUACAAUAGAAUGUACAAUUUUAUAGUAAAUACAUAUUUGUUGUGCCUUGUAAAUACAUAAUGUAUACAUUUAUGAUAAUUAUAAAAAAUUGUUAGUUAACAUAGUUAAAUAUAAACAGUUGAUUAUAUUAUCUUAAAUGAGUACAUGUUUAAUAGUUAUAUUACAAUAUCUAUUUUUAUUUAUACAGAACUUCAUUACAUAAUACAAAUCCACAUAAUAAUAUAAAAAAUAUUAGUAAAUCAUCUAGAAAAACAUCCAGAAAAUAUGGCAAUAUAAAAACUGAUAUUUGCUUAAAUCAUCAAUCAAAUAUGCCAAUUAAGUCUAAUUUAGAGGCAAAGCUAUCAUUUUUGAGUUCUCUAUCUAGUAAGUAUUUACUCUUUAUUUGAACACCUUGUUAAUCUAAACUAAAUUGUUACAUUUAAAUAUGUUAUACAGGAUGUAACAGGACUAUUUAAAUAAUUUAACUUUUUUCAUUGAAUAUUUAAAAAAAAAUAUAUAUAUUUUUCAAUUGAAUUUUAAUAUAUAAAAAUUCAGAAUAAAAAAAAGUAAAAUUGUAUUUAAAAUUUUUUAAAAAAAAAAGAAUAAUUUUACAAAUUUGAUUUUCAGAAAAUUUUUUACUGAGGUUAAAUCAAUUAUUUUUUUUUAAAGUUUUGUAAAAUAUGAAUUUUGCAUGUUUAAAUGUCCAAAUGAUUUUUAUUUUUCUUUAAAAUAUUGUGCAAUUUUAUAAUAUUCUUAUCAUAAUAAUUUAAAACUAUGAUUCUGAUAAACUGAUAAAUUCAUGAUAAAUGUUACUCAAAUUAGAAUAUUAAAUUCAGAAUUUAACAAACUUUAAAAAUAAAUGUCAUAACUUAAUAAUUGUUAAGUAAAGUCUAUUUUUUUUUAUUUUUGAUUAAAUAAUAAAAAAAAUUAUAACAGAACUCUAGAAAUAAUUAUAAAAAAAGAAAAAUUAAAAUAUUUAGUAGAAAAAGUUACAUUUGUUAAAUCCUGUUACAAUCUGUUUAGUAUGUUCAAUAUGUAAGAUAAUCAAAAACAAUGUUUAUUAACAUUUUUAAUUUAUUAUAGAAUUUUUGGAUGAGGGCAUUGCUAUACAAAAUAUAAUGAAAUUACAAUAAGUUUCUUACACAAUUAUAGUAAUUCUAAAUUAUUCCUAUUGAAAAAUGCUUAACUUAUGCUUAAUAAAAUAUAUUUUUAGUAAUUUUUAUAAUUUACUUUUUUAAAAUUUUUAAACACAAAUUUGGAGACUUUAUAUCCAUCAAUGUGGUCCAAAAAAACUUACUUACGAAAUAUGAGUAACCCCCCUCCAUUUUUUAAAUUUGUAUGAAAAAAUAAUUUUGUAAAAAUAAGUCAAUAAAUCAUCCCCUUCCCGUGAUAAAAUAGGGUUGAAUUCUGACACAAUGGUGUUGUGUUUUAGUUUUUUUUUUUAUCAAUUAUUACAAAUUAUUUUUGAUAUUUUUAUAUUUUAUUUAUUUAUUUAUUUCUAAAUAUGAUACAAUGAAAUAGGUCCUAUUUAAUUACAGUAUUUAAUCUUAAAAAAUAAAAUUUGUUUUCAUUUUACUUUUUUAUAUGAAAUAAUAAUGAGUUAGAUGGAAUUUGUAUUAGGAAAUUUUUUUUUGAUAGAAUUAUUUUCUAUAAUUUAAAAUUUUAAUUUUAGUCGCUAAAUGUUUUAGUUUUCCAAAUAAUUGAAUUAAAAAAAAAAAACAAACCCUUGUGCCAUAAUUAAACCUUAUUUCGGCACAAAUUGUCAAGCAUUUCUGUUAUGUCUAACAAUUUUACUAUAAAGUAUCUACCAAAUAAAAAUUAUAUACACAACUCGCAAAAUUAAAAUGUCUAUAAAUAGCUAAAAUAGUUUGCUAAAAUGGCUCAAAUGUUUUGAAAAUUUAAACCAUGUCCAGAAAAGGCAAAUAUAAGUUUUUCGGCCAAAUUUCAAGUCUAUGAAUAUUUUUAACUGAAUAUAAGAAAUAACCAAAUUAAAAAUAAUAAAAGAAUUAUUUAUGUUAAUUUUCUGUUUUUCUUACUUUUUAUCUUUGUUUUUAUCAGAUAUUAUGAAAACAGCUUAGAAAAAUAAAAAUGACUUCUCAAAAGUACCAUCUAGAUAAUAUUUCCUUUUAGAAAUGGCACCGCAUGUAUAUUGUGGAAAAUAAAAAUUAAAAAAUAAAUAUUACAGUGAAAACAAUACAUUUCUCGUGCCACUCAGAAUCUAAAAUAACUAUGAAAUGCAAUUGAACAAAAGAAAACAAAAUUUAUGAAAUGCAGUAAAACUAAUCCCCUCCAACCUCAACAUAAAUAUAGACAAUGCAAAAAUGAAAUCAUCAGUUACUAAGAUAGAAGGAAAUAUAAGAAUGAUAGAGAAAAGAAAAAAAGUAGAAAACAUUAUUAUAAUUUUAAAUGUCAACAUUUGACUAAUAUUACACUACUCCACAAUGCUUUACAUGUUUUCAAAUAAUAAACCUAUUGAUUAAAUUAUACUUAUUAAACGUCCAGGAAAAUAUUUGACCUUUAAAUAUAAUAAUAAUUAUAAUUUGUUAUACAAAUAUAUUGUACAACAAAAUGCAUCAAUGCACAAUUGUAAAUAAAUUCAUUGUUUGUUUAUAUUCAAUACUUAUGUAUAAAAACAUACUAUAUUAAUAUCUUAAUAAAAUAUUUCAGCUUUUACUGGAUCCAUGAACUGUAAUCCUGAAGCUGAAAAAUAUAAAUUUAAAUUCAAAAAAAAUAAAGAUGAUUUAGUGUCUGUGUUAUUUAAAUUAUUUAAUGAAGAGGUAUUUAACAAUAAGGUAAAUUACAUUUUUUGUUCUAUUUAAACUUACUCAUAGCAAUUUAUAGCAUUAGGAUGGAUAACAGUUUUUGUUAUUGAAACAUAUAAUUUGUAUAAUAAAACUUUGUUGUUAAAAAAUUACUAGAAAUCUAAUUUUAAUAGAUUUUGAGGGUAAAUUUCUAAGAGGGUGGGUCAAAAGUAAAACCGAUGAACUGUAUAUAAGCAAAAGCUGUGCUGAUUAAAUAAAAUUUAAAUAAAACCUACACAAAAUUUAUUCAACAUUUUGGCGUUGGGUUUCCUGAGAUUCCUAUAAUUCUUGUAUACUAAAACGUCACAUGUCGUCCAUAUAGAGUAUAUCUGUAUGGUACAUAUAGUUGUUUUCGGCUAAAAUAUAAUAAAACAUUUUAGCUAAUAUAUAUUUUUGUUAUAAUAGGAGUUAGCUAUUUUAUUUUUGGUUAUUUUACAUAUUUCUCUUAACAAAUUUCAACAGUCAAUUUUGACAAUAUUAGAGAUAGUUUAGAGGUAUAACUGAGGCUAAGUUUUAUUAGUUGUACCAUAGAUAUAUAAUACAUUAGAUAUUAUAAAUCUAUGUGUUUUACCCACUAUUUACCUAUAAUUAAUAUUUAAAUUUCUUUAAAAAUAUUUUAAGUUAUCCUUCAUUAAAUUAUGGUUACAUUUUUAAUCUAUAAUUGUAUUUGUUUUAACUAGUGCUAUGUCAGUCUGAACUAGACCACGGUGUGGUCUUUAUUCGGUUUGAUUUAUCAUUCUGAAAAAUUCAGUCCAGUCUAGUCCAUUGACAUAUCUUAAUCCAAAUAUGUGAAACAGAAACUGACAUUGAAUUUAUAAAUACAUACAGAGAUCUGUAUAAAAUGCAAUUUCCUAACAAAUAAUUGUUUUAUAUUAAAAUGUACAUAACAUUCUAUUUAAUAGCUCCCAGCUGAUAUGAAUUUCAAAUGGAAUGCAAGAUUAAGAACAACUGCUGGUGCAUGCUUCAAUAGACGUUCAGUUAAGAUAAAUGAAAAAUUAGAAUGUGAACGAGUAUCUCGCAUUGAACUUUCUUCUAAAGUAAUUUUAUAAAAAAAAAAAUAUUUUGUUUUUAUAUAAGUUCAGGUUUUUCAAAUUUCAAGUUACAGUUAAAUUUUCGUAAUAUAUUCAUUUUUUAAAAAAAUUGAAAUCAUUUUAAAAUGUUAAAGUGCCCUUAUUUUUGGAGGUGAAACAGCUACCUACUUUGAAAUUUUGAAUUUACUUAAUCUUAUAUAUAUAUUAUUUCUCUAUACUCAUUUUUGAUUAUUGAUCUUUAUCAACUCGUUGAUGAAUUAUUCUAGUUUUAAUUUUAGUUAAGGAAGAUUAAUGGACUUGAAUUUGUAUAUCAUCACUACUCUCCCCCUACCUAAAUUUAAAAGUGAAAUAUCUCAUUAACGAGUUCGUGGAAAUUAAAAAAAACUAAACAAACUUUCUGUCUUUUUAUAGAAUUUUUAAUAUGCAUUUCUAUAAUUUAAAAAUUAUCCUUCAACAUGAAAUUUGAUAAACCUUGCAUAUGUAUGUAACCAGAAAUGUUGAUAUUCCCAGGAAACAAUGGCAAUGCCUAAAAAUCUUUGGAAAUAAUGGUAAAAAUAGUGGAAAUAAUUGACUUUUAACAAUUUUUUUGGAGUUUGUUAAAUAAUGUUAUUGAGCAUUGUGUACCCAUCAAUUUUCGUGUAACAAUUAUGUAUAUUAAGGUAUGGAAUUUCCAUACAGCAAUUAAAGUCCUACAUGGACCGGGCCGUCCAAACUCGAAUUUUAGCAUAAUCCUAGGUUAACAACUAUUCUUGUUUGGAAAAUUGUACUUAAUUAUAAAUUGUGGUUGGGUCGGGCCAGAUUUUCGUGUUUGAUUGGAUUGAGUCAGAUUAACUUUGAACUUCCAUUGGGUUGGAUCAGAUUCACUUUUGAUGGAUUAUGCAGGAUUCUAAUAACUAUUGCAUGGUAUAUUUAUUACAUGAAAUUAAAAGUGUUACUGUUAAAAACACAAUUUAUUUAAUAGUAUUCACUUCUUAGUACUGUACAUUUGGUAUUUAUAUGUUCAGUGUGGUUGGGAAAAAUAAAUUUAAUUGUAAUGCAAAGAAAGAUGAGCAUAGUUUGCACGAAGAGUGGGCCAUUGUUGUAGGUGAAAAUUUGGGUAGAUAUAUAGGGGAAAUUUAAUGUAUACCUGUACCCAAUGAUAAGAUAAUCAUUGCUUACAAAAAAUCAUUCUGAGAGAGUUCGGUUAAUAGUGUUGCUUUGUUAACAAUAUUUUUUUUUUAUAACCUCAAAGUAUGACUUAUAAUGAACUUCCUGUUAAAUUUUCUAGCAUUUCUGUUUUGUCUAACAACUUUAUCCACAGAAUAAAAUACUUACCAUAUAAAAAUUAUGCAAAAAAAUCCUGUAAAAUUAUAAUGUAUGUAAAUAGCUUAAAAAUGGCUACAAUGUUAAACAUUUUACCAUGCCACAUCUAGAAAAAGUAAAUAUACAUUUUCUACCCAAACUUUCAAAUCUCUACAAAUAUUAUUAAUUGAAUCAAAACAAAAAAUUAUAAACACUACAUUUCAUGAAUUUUCCCUUUUUUCUCAUUUAUUGAGAAAAAUUAUAAAAUUAUUUCUCUAAAGUACCACCCCAAUCAAAUAUUCUUUCAGAAAAAGUUCAAUAUUUGACUAUAUAUUUACCAGUAACAUUUCUGGUAGGAAAGUUGUCCUUAAAAAAAAAAAAAAAACAUAAAAUCAAUACAUUCCUCUAUCUGCUCAGAAUCUAAAAUGUUUAAUGAAGCAAUUUCAUAAAUUAUUUUUAUUGAUAAACAUGAUGACACUGAAUCGAUCUUCCUUAAUACAAACAAAAUGUAAGAGAGAAUUUAGAAAUAUUCAUAAGUAUACAUUAUUUUAAUCUACGAUGAAAAGUGCUUAUUUCAAGCCAUAACCCUAUAAUGUCGAUAUACAUUAUUGCAUUAAAAACAAAGAAUUAUUUAACAUCUUUUACUUUACACACAUAGAGACCACCAUCAUUAUGUGAUGGUUGAAAUCAAAUUAAAGUAUUCUAAUAAAAAUAUUAAAAAAAAAGGAAAACUGAGUUUUUGAGAAUUUGUGUCAUCAUAAAUAUAAAAACUGAUAAGAGGUUUUGUUUCUAAACCAAUUUUGUAUUCAGCAUACAACAUAUAUUCACAAAUAGAUUUAGUUGAUAUUAAAUGGCCUGAAAUUGAUCUGUUUUUUUUAAAUAUGUAGUUUUUCUGGGUACUGUGUAACAUUGGCAUAUGGUUCCCUUUUUUUUAUAAGGCAUUAAUUUCUAGCAAUUUGUUUUGAUUUCCUAGAUAUCAACAUUUCCGGUAACAUUUAUGUAUUAAAAUAAAAUUGAGUAUCUAUGUUGAUUUAUUUAUCAUGAAUCAGCUAUUUUUAGAACGAAUCAUUAUAGAAUUGUUUAAGCUUUAUAUUAAAACCAUUUUUAAUUUUUAUUCCAACUUAUGUAUCUUAUACAAGUAUGUAAUUUUAUUUUCAAAUAAAACCCCCCAGUAAAUGUACUGUUUAAAGUUUAGACUGAUUUAGUUGGGAAGGUUAAUAAAUUGAUAAAUCUUCCCUACUCCUCCGAUCUAAACUUUAGGUAAAUUAAAAAUUAGUUAUGCUUAUCAAAAUAUUUGAAAAAAAAAAAUAAAUACACUUUUUAAUGUACAUGAAGUAGGGGCAAAAAAUUAAAAUUGAUUUCAAAAUAAAGCUUAAACGAUUAAAAUCUUAUGAAAAAAUUGCUGGUUCAAGGUAUAAAAUCACUCUAUAAUAAUACUAAUUGCUGGCACUCAAAAAUAAUGUAUGGUAUAAACCAGUGUUUUGAGGAUAAGUCCAAAUGUAUUGCAAAUUAUAUUAUUUAAUGACAAAAAAUGUCAACACAUAUAAGACAAUUUAUUAACAUUAAUAGAUAUUCAAUAUAAUUUUUUUUGAUGAUUAAAAAUAAUUCAUCUGUUAUCGGCAUUUAUCAUUAUCAUUAAUCUGAUUGUAACCCAAAUGAUAGCCAUUGUUCAAUACCUGCUCAUUGCCCACCCUUAAUUUAUCGAUAUUUCUAAUUAUUUUUAUUGUUCUAUGGAUUUAAUAUUGUUUAAUUGAGUGUUGAAUCCAUUUAAUUCUGAUCUGGAAACAACGCAUAUUUUAUUAAUAGAGAAAAAAGAGCUUUUAGAAUUAAAAAACGAUAGCACUGUUCAAAUAGUUUAAUGAGCUUGAGCUAGAUAAUUUUGGAUCAAUAUAAAAAAAGAAAAUUAUUUAAGUUUAUAAAAAUUAGCUUUUACCGUGUGAGGUAGCUCUUUUCACAGUGAAUAAAAAAGGGUAAAAUUAAUUGUCAAAGAGGAGUUAAGAGUUUAAAAUUUCACUAUGUAUGAUUAUGUUAUAUGUAUAAGAAAUAUCAGUCAAAUUUCUUGUUAAAAUAUUAAAUGCUAUUUUAUGUUACAUUUUGUUUUUGUUAUCUUUAAGUUUACACCACCAAUUAAAAUUAAAUAUUACUGAAUUAUUUUUAUUUUUAAAUUGUGUCGCAAAGUAUGAAAUUUUUAAGUGUGUUACUAUAAUACAAAAGCUAAGAAACACUGGUAUAAACUAUAUAUCUGUUAAAUUUGAACUUUUUGCAGAAAAAUUUACAAAAAAAACUAUAAUACCUGCAAAAUAGAUCUGGUUUGAAUAUUAAUAAUAGUUUUGUUUUACAGAUUAUUGAUACUGCAGAAAGAUUAAGAGACACAUUAAUUCAUGAACUUUGCCAUGCUGCUUGCUGGAUAUUUAAUGGUAUUGCUGAAGGUCAUGGUCCAUCAUGGAAAAGCUGGGCAAACAAAGCUAUGGAAAUAUUUCCUGAACUUCCAAUCAUAAAAAGGUGUCAUAGUUAUGAAGUACAAACUAAAUUUACAUAUAAAUGUAAAAAAUGUGGCUAUAGGUAAAUCAUAUUAUUUCUUCUAUUUCUCUGCAUUUAAAAAUAAAAUUGAAGAAAAAAAUAUAAAACUGUAUAAUACAUGAUUGAAAUAUAUUAGAUUAUUGCAUGCAAUAAGCCCUAGCAUUAUCAAAUUAAAUGGAAAACAAAAUGGUAGUGAUUAUAAAUGUGUUAUAUAGUUAUCGUUAAUUAUUAUAUUUAUUCGUAUUUCUAUGAAUAAAGGCCCUUACACUGCCAUUUUUAAUUUGUGUGCGUGAUAAAAUGCUAGAAUGGGGGUACUAGUGCAAUAACCUAAUAUAUUUCAGAAUUCUUAUUCUCUCAUUAAUUAUUUAAUUUUAAAUUUUCAGUUCAUAAAAUUUUAGAUAUUUAUUUAUUUAUUUAUUUCAGUUUCGGACGUCAUUCAAAAUCAUUAAAUUUAGAGAAGAAAAGGUGUGGACAUUGCUAUGGAGAAUUUGAACUUAUUGUAAACAAAAUUAAUUAUAAUUCAGUUUCUAAUAAUAAUUUGCCAGUAGUUUAUACAGAUCCAGUAAAUGAAUUAUAUAAUUUAAAUGAUGUACCACAAAAAUCGAAUCCCUCUAGAAAACCAUCAAAAUUUGCAUUAUUUGUGAAAGAAAACUACAGUAGAGUAAAACGAGAAAAUCCCUUAUCAAAACAUGGUGAAAUAAUGAAAUUACUUGGAGAGAAAUUUGCUACAUCUAAAACCCUAACAUCCGAUGAAAUUUUUGAUAAGUUGCUUGAUAACGAAUUACAAUUGAUAACAUAACUUAUGACUGGUUGGAAAUUAAUUUCUAAUUACAUAAAUCAACAAAAUAAGUUAUUCAUAGGUAUAUUAGUAAUUGAAGAUUAAUAUUAAAUUUAUUUAGCUAAUUAAAUUAUUUAAUAUUUCUAUUAUAUUUUAUUAAUAUAUUCCUUGAUUUUAUAUUAUAAAAUAUAUAAUAAAAUUGUACAUAAUAAAAUCAAUGAUAUGAUCUAAGGGAUAAAUAAAAUAUGGUGUUCACAUAUGUUAGUGACAUAAUGAGACGACUAUAUGACACAAUGUUCUUUGUCUGGUUAUAUAAACUUUACUUUUUAUAAAUAAUACAAGACUUAUUAACAUACAAUUAAUAUUCAAUUAUGAUAUGUAAAAUAAAUAAAUAGUAAUUAUAAAAUUAUUAUAUUGAUAUAUCAAAAUGUAUUUAAUUAUUGUAUACCUUAUAAGAUUACCAAAAUAUUUGGUGACUUGAUCGCUGGUCAAUUGAUUGGCAAAAAAAAAAACCAUUAUUAUUUGUUUUGGUUUAUAUUACAUAAGUAUGGAAAAAAUAUUGGAAAUUAAUAUUGAGGGUUGAGUAUUAGCUAAGUUUCAAGAGCUCAAAAUUUGAUUUCAAAAUAUGUUUUUCUACCUAGAUAACUUAAUAAAGCCAUAGAAUUUUCAAUAAAAGAGUGAACCUUGAUUUUUAAACAAGUUAUUACAAGUGAAUUAUAAUUAAUGAUUAGUAGAAAUAUAAGUAUUUAAAACAUUGAAAUGUGUUAAGCCAUUUUCUUAACCAUAAAC